AUGCCGCUGGCUAACGUUGAGCGGGACUCCCUCGACAGCAAUGGCAUCCGGUUCUCCAUCACCGACCUCUCACCGUCAACAGCCCGCUGCCUUCCAACUGUCUACCAGGACCGCGAGGGCAUCUCAUUAUUCGACGCCCAAUACUCAUCUGGCGCCAAGGGCCCCAUCCCUCAGGAGACCAUUGACUUCGUUUUGUUGUCGCUGACCAAAUUCAAAACCGCGUGCGCCGACUUCGGGGUGCCCGAGACCAACAUCAGAGUCCUGGCCACAGAAGCCACCAGAAAUGCAGAAAACUCGGCCGACUUUCGACGGGAGAUCAAGGAGGCCACCGGCUGGGUGGUCGAUAUGCUGCCGAAGGAGGCUGAAGGGUCGAUCGGGGCCAUGGGCGUCGCUAGCAGCUUCGCUUCGGUGGAGGGCUUGGUCAUGGAUCUAGGCGGGGGCAGCACUCAAAUAACCUGGAUGAUUGCAAAAGAUGGCCACGUCAAAACCAGUCCAAAGGGCAGCAUUUCCUUCCCCUACGGCGCUGCAGCUUUGACCAGGAAACUGAGAGAACUCUCCGUGUCCUUGCCAGAUCGCAGUCCUCAUCACAAAUCAAAAUCACGGUUAAAGACACCCGAGGAAGAACUGGAAGAGGAGAUGAAAGCCCAGUUCCGUCAGGCCUACGACGACCUCGAUGUUCCCGAGUCUCUACAACACAAGGCCAGGCACGGAGGUCUGACACUGUAUCUCUCCGGCGGCGGAUUUCGAGGUUGGGGCUACCUAUUGAUGUCGCAGCACAGGGUGUCGCCCUACCCGAUCCCCAUCAUCAACGGAUUCUGCGUCACGAAGCGUGAGUUUCAACAGACGGGGGAGAUCACGACUCUGGCCGCGGAGGAGUCUGUCUUCAGAAUCUCGAAACGAAGGGCCGAACAAGUCCCCGCCGUGGCAUUCUUGAUCAAUGUCCUGGUCGGCGCAUUGCCGAUGAUCCAGCAAGUGCGUUUCUGUCAGGGUGGGGUGCGCGAAGGCUUUCUCUUUGAUACGCUCGACGCAGUGACAAAAGCACUCGAUCCGUUACCGGCAGCCACAGCACAGUAUGGGACAUCCUCUGCCGCGGACCUCGCAGCUCUCCUCUGGGACGGGCUGCCUGGCGAGAACCAGCUUGAUCGCUCCCUACCGCCUUCGUUCACCCCAUCCCUAGUCCGUGCCGUGGCGGACAUGAUGUACUUGCACCUGCCUCUCCCGAAGGAGACACGCUCGCUCUCUGCCCUGCACGCGCCCAUCACCGGCGUCCUCACCUCCGCACAUGGCAUCUCCCACACUGAUCGAGCCAUCCUGGCCCUGGCGCUCUGCGCACGGUGGAACGUCGACAUCCCGCCUCCACACGAGAACUUCCAGGCGCGGCUCCGCGCAAUCCUGACGCACCAGGAAGGGUUCUGGGCAAAUUACCUGGGCGCGCUGGCGGGUUUGCUGGGCACGAUCUAUCCCGCCGGCCACAUCGACCCGAAGCAUCCACGGGUGAAGUUGUCGGCGCGCUGGGCCGACGGGCUGGGCAAAAAAGGGCUGAGCCAGGGCGUCGUGCUCGAGUUGAAGUGUCGACAUGAGGAUCCCAUGACGGUUCCCGUGGCGUUGAAUCCGCUAGUCAAUGAGUUAGAGAAGGUAGGAAAGAAGAAGAAUCGCGUCGGCGGCGAGCAUGGGUUCGGCGUGCCGAUUGAGGUCGAAAUUGAGAGGGUUUUGGUGUAA